GGGUUUUUUUUUUUUUUUAUCUUCGUUUCUUUUGAUCGAGAAACCGGAACCCUAGAUACCCGAAAUCGUUUUCGAAUCCGUGGCGAGGCGGGAUUGAGGCGUGUUGAGUGGGAAAUCUCUUCGGAUUUGGAUGUUGUGCGGGGGGAGGGAUCGGUAGAUCGGAGAUGGCCGAUCCGGGCGUCGUUCAAGGGGGCGUCGAGGCGGCGGGGGUCGAUCCGGCCGAGCUUGGACGCCGACGAGUUCCUCAACCUGCUGCACGGAUCGGAUCCGGUCAAGAUCGAGCUCAAUCGCCUCGAGAACGAAGUGCGAGAUAAGGAUCGGGAGUUGGGGGAGGCACAGGCGGAGAUUAGGGCGCUGAGGUUGUCGGAGCGUGCGAGAGAGAAGGCCGUUGAAGAGCUCACGGAUGAAUUGGAGAAGUUAGCGGAGAAACUCAAGCUAACAGAAUCCCUUCUAGAGAGCAAAAAUCUCGAAAUCAAGAAAAUCAAUGACGAGAAGAAAGCCUCCAUGGCCGCUCAGUUUGCAGCAGAAGCAACGCUUAGAAGAGUUCAUGCUGCGCAGAAGGAUGAUGACAUGCCCCCCAUUGAAGCCAUUCUUGCACCGCUGGAGGCAGAGCUAAAGCUUGCUCGCCAGGAGAUGGCAAAGCUGCAAGAUGAUAACAGGGCUUUAGAUCGUCUAACCAAAUCCAAGGAGGCAGCAUUAUUAGAAGCAGAAAGAACUGUACAGAUUGCUUUAGCAAAAGCUUCCAUGGUAGAUGAUCUACAAAACAAGAACCAGGAGCUGAUGAAGCAGAUCGAGAUCUGCCAGGAAGAAAACAAGAUCUUGGACAAAUUGCACCGCCAAAAGGUUGCAGAGGUUGAGAAGCUUAGCCAGACGGUGAGAGAGCUAGAAGAGGCUGUUCUUGCCGGUGGUGCGGCUGCCAAUGCUGUUAGAGAUUAUCAGCGGAAAGUUCAGGAGAUGAAUGAAGAGAGAAAAACACUUGAUCGUGAACUUGCUCGUGCAAAAGUUACUGCUAAUCGGGUAGCUGUCGUUGUUGCAAAUGAGUGGAAAGAUGCUAAUGACAAGGUUAUGCCAGUUAGACAGUGGCUUGAGGAGCGAAGAUUUUUGCAGGGGGAAAUGCAACAACUUCGAGAUAAGCUUGCCAUAACAGAACGAACUGCGAGAUCUGAAGCUCAAUUAAAAGAGAAGUUUCAGUUGCGCCUCAAAGUACUAGAAGAGGGAUUGAGAAUGCCUUCAGGUGGUUCCAGUCGCUCUACCCAAGAAGGGAAAAGUUUAAGCAACGGCUCUUCCCGUCGCCUAUCACUUGGUGGAGCUGAGAACAUUUCCAAGCCUAAUGGUGCAUUAACUAGGAGAUCACCUUCUUUUCAGAUGAGAUCUUCUCUUUCUGCUGGCAGUAGUAUGGUACUGAAACAUGCAAAAGGAACUUCGAAGUCAUUUGAUGGCGGUACCAGAUUCUUGGACAGAGGAAAAGUUCUUGGCAACGGAGCUUUACUCAACAGAUCUACUGAUGGUAUAAGAGAGAGUAAUACAAAUAAUAAUUUGAAAGAAAAUCCAGAUGAGAAAAAUAAUGAACCCAUCAGUAGUGAUUUAAAUGAUUCUGUAUCUGGCUUACUGUAUGAUUUGUUACAAAAGGAGGUGAUUGCCUUGAGAAAGGCUUGCCAUGAGAAGGAUCAAAGCCUGAAGGACAAGGAUGAUGCAAUUGAGAUGCUGGCAAAGAAAGUAGAUACUUUGACCAAAGCAAUGGAAGUAGAGGCUAAAAAGAUGAGAAGGGAAGUAGCUGCCAUGGAGAAAGAGGUUGCAUCUAUGCGUGUCGGGAAGGAUCAAGACAGCAGGGCUAAGCGCCUUAGUAGUUCGAAGGGUCCUGUAAACACUGCUCAGCUGCUUUCUGGGAAGAAUCUGCCGAAAACUGGGUUAAUGCGCAACUUUCAAUGACAAAUUCAAGAUGCUAGCAGCAUGAAAUUCUCGACAAGGAUAACCCUGCGGUGAUCCGGAAUCAGGAAGAGAAACUCGGUGGAAAUUCCCCUUAUGCGUCUGACGCAGGCUUUGAUGUAAUGUAGUGUAUGCAAUGGUGAAGCUGCGCUAACUUAAGGCAAAGGUUUGAAAGGAUGUAUAGGACAGAGAAUCUUCCCCUUUUUACCCCCGUCUGUAAUUUUUAGCGCGUGUGGCAGCCUUAUGGCCUUAUUAUUUCCAGGUUUGUGCAUGUUUUGUAAUUCCAGAUGAUUAUGUAUGCUAUUAGUCAUUAUUUAUGCCAUUAGUGUUGGCGUAAAAUUGGUACAUCAUGUACGAUCCAUUGCCGCCCGCAUCAUGGUAAAGUUAAGAAGUAUUCGCAUGCUUCAUUGUUGGAA